UUGAUUGACGUGUGACGUGCGGUUGUCAGAUUUGUUAUUGAAAUAUUCAAUCAAAAACCGGCGAAUUAAUGAGAAAAUAGUCGCCGUCUUCUGUGUAAAGAAAAUGAAAAUUGCAGUUUUAUUUAUAAAAUCAACCUUCCAAGACGUUUGUGUGAGUUUAUUGCGGGGAAUUGAAUUUGUUACAGAUUGUUAAACAUACCCAAGUAAGAUGUCUCUGCUAAAGUUGUUAGUGGUUCAGCUGCAACGUAAAAUCUUGCGACUACUGCGCAUACGGAACCUCGUGCUAUUAUUAAUACUCGGCUUUUUCAUCUUAAAUUGUAUAAUAAUUGUUGGUGAUGUAGCAGCUAAAGCGAAAACAGGCAAUUUGAAGGCAUUUUUUUCUAUUAAAGCCGAACCUUUCGUGCCACAAAAUACUCAAAAAAUAGACUGGCAUGAUUAUGCUCAAAUAAAAUACGAAAAGCAACGCACAGGAAUGGGAGAGCAAGGGAAAGCAGCGUACUUACCAAACGAAACGAUUGCAUACCAAAAGAAAAUAUAUUCUACAAACGGUUUCAACGGUGCUCUUAGCGAUAAAAUAGCUUUGAACCGUUCGUUGCCUGACAUAAGGCAUCGAAAAUGCAGGAAGAGGAGGUAUAUAGCUUCUCUGCCCACUGUGAGUGUGGUGGUUCCCUUCCACAAUGAGCAUUUGAGCGCGUUACUGCGGACCGCGUUCUCUGUACUGUAUAGGUCGCCUGAGCAUUUGAUCACGGAAAUAUUUCUAGUCAACGAUGGCAGUACCAAACAAUACCCAACUCUCGAUGAUUACCUUGCAACGAACAUGCCGAAAGUCAAACAGCUGAGGAUACAGAACCGCAGCGGUCUGAUCAACGCGCGCCUGGUCGGAGCCAAGGUAGCCACAGGUGAUGUCCUUGUCAUCCUGGAUGCGCACUCCGAAGCUAACGUCAACUGGCUGCCGCCACUGCUAGAACCCAUAGCAGUAAACUACAAGACAGUGGUAUGUCCGUUUGUGGACGUAAUAGAUUACAACACGUUCGAGUAUCGCGCGCAAGAUGAGGGCGCUCGGGGAGCGUUUGACUGGGAGUUCUAUUAUAAAAGACUGCCUUUAAUGCCCGCAGAUGAGAGGAAAAUGCCCGAACCUUUUGAGAGUCCAGUGAUGGCCGGCGGUUAUCUAGCCAUAUCUAGAAAGUUUUUCUGGGAGUUAGGCGGCUAUGAUCCCGGCAUUGAAAUCUGGGGUGGGGAGCAGUAUGAACUUAGUUUUAAGGUUUGGAUGUGUGGCGGCAGGCUGAUAGAUGCUCCAUGUUCCCGGGUGGGACACAUCUACCGCGGUCCCGGCCCGGCGCUGUUCCCCAGCCCAAGACCCUACGACUUUGUUAGCAAGAAUUAUCGGCGAGUAGCAGAAGUAUGGAUGGAUGAGUACGCUCAAUACCUGUAUAAACGUCGUCCAAACUGGCUCAAGGUAGAUCCGGGGGACAUAUCGGAACAGAAGGCGCUGCGGCAGAAGCUACAAUGCAAGUCAUUCAGAUGGUACAUCACGAAGGUAGCGUUCGAUCUUGUCGAGAGAUAUCCUCCUGUGGAACCAAAACCUUUUGCCUCUGGAAGGAUAAAGGUACCCGCUGAGGACUAUUGUUUAGACGCCUCUGACAAGAAACCAAAAGCUUCUCUGAUGCUCACUUCGUGCCGUGAUGGCACAGGGGCCGCCGACCCUGACCAGGACUGGAUGGUGUCUUGGCACAAGGACAUCAGGUUGAAAAAGCGGAACGUGUGCUGGGACGUACCAAAUGCCGAGAAAUUUAGUCCAAUAUUGCUGUUUCCGUGUCACCUCGGCGGCGGCAACCAGUUCUGGAAGUACGAUAGCGAAACACGGUCGUUUACUCACAAUAGCCAGAGUUGUCUCGAGUGGGAUAUAAAAAAGCAGAGGGUGUAUAUAUCCCCGUGUAUAUAUGGCAAAAUGGUCCAGCAGUGGGACGUCGAUGACGUAGAUCUCGAAAGAAUGAAGCAGUGGGAUGAACCGCCCCCGGUUUAUGGAAAAGAAUGAAUAAAAAUGGAUGAUAUUUAAUUUAGUUAUUAUUUGACAAAACGGAUAAAUACUGGCCAAGGAUAUAGCACAGGUUGCAUUAUCGCGCGCGGUGCGUUACGUAUAAACCACGCGUUUCGAAUGCUGUCUAUAUAGAUAAUCAGCGUAUGACUAAUGACUAUUGGUCAAGCUACUUGGAGUGUAGCGCGCGGUAGCGUAACCGUGCAGAAACUUUUGGAGAAAUAUACAAAUUUAAGUUACCCUGCUUUGUUAUACAAAUAAAUUUAAAACACUGAUAACAUACCCCAUCCCGACAGCGAUUUUUUAAAUUAUGUUCAAGGCUAGGCUUAAAUUACUUAAUAGUUAAAUAACCCAAUUGUAUAUGUAUAAUAUGCUAAAUGACUGUUAUCAUAUAAAAAGUAUCCAAUAUUUAUUAGUGUUUAUUUUGUAUGAGUCUUUCUACUUAUUUAUUGAAUGAAAUGACAUGUUAUACUUACAUAUCAAUUGAUGACAACUCCUAGACUAAGUUAAAUAUAAGAGUAUUGUAAUUUUUAUGAUGAUUUUCAUGUUUGCGCUGGUUCAAAUUAUGAAAUGUUACAUAAACAGAAAUAAAAUACCAAUUGUUAUAUGUUAA